CCCUUGGAGUUCCCACCGUUCUGGAAGUCUGAGGCGUUACUUCCCACCGCAGAAAGACGGACGGCCUCCGCCGUGGGAAUUACGAGCCGCAUUUUAGAUAUCCCCUGCAAAGUGUGUGGCGACCGCAGCUCGGGGAAACACUACGGAGUCUACGCCUGCGAUGGCUGCUCGGGCUUUUUCAAACGGAGUAUCCGAAGGAAUAGGACGUAUGUCUGCAAAUCUGGAAACCAGGGAGGCUGCCCGGUGGACAAGACGCACAGAAACCAGUGCAGGGCGUGUAGGCUGAAGAAGUGUUUGGAAGUCAACAUGAACAAAGAUGCCGUGCAGCACGAGCGGGGGCCUCGGACGUCCACCAUCCGCAAGCAGGUGGCCCUCUACUUCCGUGGACACAAGGAGGAGAACGGGGCGGCCGCGCACUUCCCCUCCGCCGCGCUGCCGCCGCCCGCCUUCUUCACCGCCGUCACGCAGCUCGAGCCGCACGGCCUGGAGCUGGCCGCCGUGUCCGCCACCCCCGAGCGGCAGACCCUUGUGAGCCUGGCUCAGCCCACGCCCAAGUACCCCCAUGAAGUGAAUGGGACUCCGAUGUAUCUCUAUGAAGUGGCCACAGAGUCAGUGUGUGAAUCAGCUGCCAGGCUUCUGUUUAUGAGCAUCAAGUGGGCUAAGAGUGUGCCAGCUUUCUCCACGCUGUCUUUGCAAGACCAGCUGAUGCUUUUGGAAGAUGCUUGGAGAGAACUGUUUGUUCUAGGAAUAGCACAAUGGGCCAUUCCGGUUGAUGCUAACACUCUACUGGCUGUAUCUGGCAUGAAUGGUGACAACACAGAUUCCCAGAAGCUGAACAAGAUUAUAUCUGAAAUACAGGCUUUACAAGAGGUGGUGGCCCGGUUUAGACAACUCCGGUUAGACGCUACUGAGUUUGCCUGUCUGAAAUGCAUCGUCACUUUCAAAGCUGUUCCUACACACAGUGGUUCUGAACUGAGAAGUUUCCGGAAUGCUGCCGCCAUCGCAGCUCUUCAAGAUGAGGCUCAGCUAACUCUCAACAGCUACAUCCAUACCAGAUAUCCCACUCAACCGUGUCGCUUUGGAAAACUCCUGUUGCUUUUGCCAGCUUUACGUUCUAUUAGUCCAUCAACCAUAGAAGAAGUGUUUUUCAAAAAAACCAUCGGCAACGUGCCAAUUACAAGACUGCUUUCAGAUAUGUACAAAUCCAGUGAUAUCUAAGCUCUCAAUGUCCCCACUUUUCAAGAUGGGACAGUCUCUGAUGAACUUCUACCCAUGGAGAAUAAGCCUCAACUAACAAACCCUUCGGGAAGCAUAAACCUGGGAAUGUGUAGCCUUCAGGAAAAAAUGUCAAUUGACACAGAACUGUUCCAGUAGCUUUGACCUGCUGCCUCACCCAGGGUAGGGCAGCCCGGAAGGAAAGGGGGCAUCACAGGACCCCUGAGCAGAGCACUCGCUGCUGCCACGCCCUGGGAGGGGGGCUGAAUCGGGGGUUGCCACAGGCCUGCCAUUCUGCCUCUUCCUGGAAGACCGGGCUGAACUAUCAAAAGCUGAAACAUAAGUAGAACUUUCUUUUCCUUUUUAGCAUACAAAGUUGGGUAACCAAAUAUAGCUCUCUGUGUAUAACACCAUACAGCAGCCUUCAGAACUAUCUUACGUUGGAGAAUUUAUUUUAAAAAUAAUGGUUAGGUCUUAAAUCAAAAGUUUUAUCAAAAGUUCCCCUUCUAUUGUAAUACAUCAUGAAGUGGCCUUCAAAACUGAGUUAAUAAGUGAAAGGUAGCUGAUGCCAUGAGAUUUGCUUUUUCUCUCUCUUUUUUCUUUCCUUCCUCUUUUGUUCUUCUUCUUUUUAAUACCAUAGGCCAGGCAACCUUGUCAAAGGAAUUGGUGGACGAAAACGAGAUUCUUACCAGGACUUCAGGUUGGCUAUCAUCUCAAAAAUAGAAGAGCUUUACUAAAAGAACACAAGUCAAGGGAGGAUGAAUAAAAACAGCAAAACCAAAUAAAGUGGAGAUGAAUGAUGGAGUGAGGCGGAUUGCUGUCCCGUUAACAUAGUGCUGAAACCAAAGGCAAUGGGGGUCCACACUCGUGUUUCAGUGAGUCACACCAGACAGUAAGUGAACACAGACGUAAUGCCAGAAGGAACUUCAAGGAGAUGGACGCUAAAGGUUUCUUGAUUGAUCCAUUGCUAACAGCCUGAGACUCUUCAAUGCCUUUCAGAAAACCGGUUUCUAGUAAAGCCUUGAAUGCGUGCACGAGCACGCACGCACACACACCCAUACACACACAUCGUCCUAUACUAUAAGCUGCUCCUUUGGUAUGAAUCUAUACUUAUGAAACUGUAGAAACAAACAUUUUAAAAUAGCUGCUGUACUUUUCACAUUUUGAUUUAUUAGGUACUAGCCCUGAGGAAAAAUAUCCAGCACUUGGACUAUCAUAGGAUGAGUCAAACUUUUCUUGUACAAAGUGAAUUAACUGAUUUGUGAAGUUAAAAGGUUGUACUCAUUGUAUUU